AGCAAGCAUGGAAGCUGCAAAUCAGGAAAUCAGAACAAGUCGCAGCAAGCAAUGACAAUCACUUGAGUACCAACUUUCCCUCCCUUUGGGCUUCUCGAGUCCCAAAUGCAAGAGGCAUGGCGUAUCCUUGACGCUCACUUCUCCCACGACAAACCAGCAAUUUCGCACCUGCGACUCUUCGGCCACCCUUAUUAUUCAUGGUAACCCUCUGACCGUAGAGAUAUAGAGCGUCGACAUUUGAUCGACCAUUGCGAGAAGCGGGCUGUCGUCCACGAGCACAAGAUGGGUGUGAGGAACCUGAGUAGCUUUGCCCAGGAGAAUGCGAGGUUGCUGUGCGAAACGUUGAGCUUCUCCUGUCAAGCGAGCUCUUCAGCUUCUCUCCAGCCUUCAGCCCAGUCAUCACCAGCAUUCUUGACUGUCGAAGAGGCGGCUCAAACAUCUCCACGCUAUGGAAGAGCUUUGGUAGUGGAUGCGUUGGCCCACAUGUUUGCGAUGAUCGGGCGAGGAGACUUUGACGUUGCCCGUGGAGGAGACUACGCGCUCUUUGUGGCUAGCAUACAAGCGGAUGUCAAUGCUUGGCGAGCUGCUGGUUUGCAUCCCAUCUUUGUGUUCGAUGGUCCCAACCUUCCAGCCAAGUUGCCUAGGCAAGUGAGCCGGCGACAACAGGCAGCGAAGGAGGCGAAUUUGUACAUGCGUUCUCCUCCAGCCUCUCGCUCGAUCUCCUCCCUCGCUCCUCCGCUGCUAUCAUAUGCCAUGCUGGAUGCGCUUCAGCACACAACGCCGCCGACCACCGUUGUGCUCGCAGAGACGGAAGCGGACGGCGUGGUCGUUGAGCUUGCCCAUACGCUCAAAGGUCAUGCCGUCAGCGAGGAUUCCGACUACUUUGUGCUCUGCGCACGAGGCGACGAUACAUCCUACGUGCCGCUGAGCUCCUUCGAAUACGUUGUCGACCUGCCGACAGACACUGCGGUUACCGCCGAUGCGUCGUCAGAGCCAGCCGAUGAGGCCGGCUUCGAAACAGUGCCCAGGCGUAGGCGGCGGGGACGUGGUCCCGCUCCAGCCCUGCCCUCCAGCUCUGAUACCACCGCAGUGCUGCAUGCCCCACCAACAGAUCUUUCGAUGCUCAGAGAAGUCAGAUUCGGAUCGUAUUCGUCUGCAGCUUUGGCGCGCUUAUUGGAUCUUCCAGUCGCGCUGCUUCCGCUUUUUGCAGCGCUGGCGGGCAACGAUUACCUCCCCGAAUUACAGGCGCGAAUACUUUUUGAACCCUUCAGAGGCAGCGAGCGCCUCAAAGAAGCAGCUGCAGUGCUUCGAAGAGCGUGGCUUGCCAGCGCAAAUGGCAAGAAGGCUCGUGAAAUGCGCGUCAACGCGCAAACGACCAGAUCAGGCCCUGGAAGGGGCAGCAUGGCUUUAAGCAUUGCUGCAGACACGCCCAGCGAGUCGGGCUCCGUUGCGGCGUCCUCCGCAACAGCGACACCUCUGCAAUCCACAUUCUUGCAGUCUCAGCAGCUCAAGCAGGUAGAUCCGGUGCGGGCGUUGGUGCAAGACUGCGUGGGUCUUGCUCUCCAAAGAGCAGAACAGAUACGGCCAAAUAGAUACGUGUCGACGGGCGAAAAGGAGGAAAUGGUUGACGGCAUCGUCGAGAGCGCAGCUACCUACAGCUUGCUGACGCACUCACAAGGCGCGGACGGACUACCGAGCCCAGCUUCUCAAUUCUUUUCCACUCCACCACCGCCAGGUACACGCGCGAGAGGCGUUGAAGCAUAUCGCCAAGCGUACAAGCAGGGCAAAUUCCAUGUGGACCUCGUGACCGGUCUGUGCCAUCGAGUAUACAUUGGCAAGGUGUUCGCGGAAGAUCCGGACCAGCAGAGUACCCAAAAGUUUGCCGCACAAGAGAUCAGAGAAUGGGCUUGGGCGAUCUUGUUCGACACCUGGGGCAUGUGGUGGGCACGAGAGACCAUCGAAGAGCCUGAAGUCGAUGCCGGAGAUGACCACCAAGGACUAGAUCACGUGGCGCAAGCGUUGCGUAGACCCUUCGGCGGUGCUUACAAAGAUGGCGAGAUGCCCGACGACGUCAUCUCUGUUAACACUGAAUCGAGCGAGGAACAGAGCGAAUCUGGAGCACGCGACAUGGAGGGUGACGCGAUGCUCGACCCUGACGCUUUGCCAAAUAGACCCAACUCGGCGUUGGCCGACCGCGUCGAGGAUGGCAACUAUGAUGGUCUUGGCAGACUUAAACCUCCGCCGGUCCUUACGGAGUAUGUGCGUCGUCUCGAGAGCGUCACGAAAGACAUUCUCCCUGUCUCGACGCUCGCGGAGCUUCUGGAAGCACGAGGAACAUCACUCUGCGCAUCGCUUCAGCCGCUCCGGGAUGGCCACAUUUACGAUGCUGCGCCCCUGUUGCCAGCAGAAACCAAGCACGAUCUUUACCUCUGCGCGCUCAAGGCGGACACGUCAUCGAUGCGUGCUUUGCCAAGUCAGGUUCAGCCUCUUGCAGCUUGCCUGCGCUACAUCGUCCACUCAGACGCGGAUAGGUACGGGGAAAAGACAGCAAAGAUGGCCUGGAGCAUGGAGGAGUUGCGCGCUGCUGUGCGUUCGAGUAUCGCAGCUCUUGGAAUUUGGAAAGAGCCCGAACGAGCGCUUCCGUCAAGGGUGAAGCGCCUUACUGGUGAACUGGAAGCGCACGAGAUUGCACGGUCCAAGAACACAGACGCUGGCUCACGCAGAGACGAAGCGCUAUUUCCCACAACGAGGGCGUUACACGCCUCGACGGCCUUGCAGCUUGUCCUCGAAGCGUCGUACCUCUUCUCACAAUCUCUGCUUGUGGAUCAAGAAGCGCAUCCGCCGCCCUUUGCCCUGCACGACGGGCCCACGUUCCAUGCCAUCAUGUUGAAGCGUCCAUCGGGCGAAGCUGGCCGCGACACGACGCUCGAGCAAGCUAUACUCUCUGCAGUGCUCGAAGGUGGCUUGGAAAAGCACCUCGCAGUGGACUUGGACUUGGAGAGGAGAGCGAGGAGACAACAACGCAAGAAGGGACAGAGCAUCGCUAGGUCUAAGCAGAACGCUCCGCCUGGCAAAUCCUUUUCUAAUAGACCUCCGCCCCCGAAGAAUGCCUUUGCUUCCCUUCUAAACGAAACCCUCAGCUAGCCACUUUCGCGCCCAGACUGCUUUGCCAUUUCUUGAUUCGCAUACGCGCGAGUCUGCCGUGCUCGCUGUUGAUCUUCCUGCACGAUGCAUACCAGUGACGCGCUUCGUCAUCAACGUGUACAACAUUCCAGACAAUGAUAUGGCCGUAGUACAGGCACGACCUGCUCCAAGUGUGUGCGUGCAGAACAAGCCUCUAGCGUUGAGACAAUCUAAUGUCUAGUGGUGUAAAAGACGCGGAUUGGUGAACCGUGCCGUUGCCAUUUCAU